CCGCCUUAAUGCCGACUCUCAAAGCCGAGGCCUCUUAGACUGUAUGCAUCCAGUGCGCAAUCGCCGAAAGUGUCCGCCAGGUUGUGGUAGGUGUGCAAUUGCCGGCAGCCCAAGGAACUACUUUCUAUAGGUGACAGCUCCCAAGGAGCUGCUAUAACUGACAGUCUCGUCCUCCCUUCCUUCAAACCCCUCUCCACAACACCCUGUAGCGACUUCUCACGCUUCUCCUCGGUGCUUGUCUCUUGACCCCUUUGAAUUCUACUCUGCCCUGCGGACAACUGGGAAAAUGGCUGAAACCAUCCAGAACAUUGCUGCCAAGGUCGGUGGCAGCCUUCACACAGUGCCGCUGUUCAUCAAUGGAAAGGAGGUCCAUCCGCAGAAGAGCUUUGAUGUCGUCUCGCCCGCAACUGGCAAGGUUGUCCACAAGUGUAGCAGCGCGAGCGAGGCCGAUGCGCUGGCAGCCACCGAGGCGGCCGCUACGGCCUUCAAGACGUGGCGAGGCACGACGCCGAAGAAGCGGCGGGACAUCUUCCUCAAGGCGGCCGACGUCAUGGAGAAGCGGAAGGGCGAACUCUCCGCGUACAUGAUGGACGAGACUGGCUGUCCGCUCCAGUGGGCCGAGUUCAACCUGAUGGUCGCGCGGGACUUCCUCAUCGAUAUCGCCGGUAGGAUUUCCACCCUGGAGGGUAUGGUCCCGACGACCCAGGACGAGGAAGUCGGCGCCUUUGUUCUCAAGGAGCCGUACGGAGUCGUUCUCGGGAUCGCGCCUUGGAAUGCGCCAUACAUCCUCGGCGUUCGCGCAGUAGCCUUCCCUAUGGCUACAGGCAACACGGUAGUGUUCAAGGGGUCCGAACUGAGCCCCCGCACCAUGUGGGGGAUCUGUUCCGUCUUCCACGAGGCGGGACUGCCGGCCGGCGUGCUGAACCUGAUCAUCCACGAACCGGUCAACGCGGCGUCCAUCACGCAGGCCCUGAUCGCCCACCCGGAAAUCAAGAAGAUCAACUUCACCGGGAGCACGGCCGUCGGGCGCAUCAUCGCCAGGCUGGCCGGCGAGAACCUGAAGCCGGUGCUGCUCGAACUGGGCGGCAAGGCACCCGCCAUCGUGUGGGAGGACGCGGACCUCGACAACGCCGCCGUGCAGUGCGCCCUGGGCGCCUUCCUCAACUCGGGUCAGAUCUGCAUGUCGACCGAGAGGAUCCUCGUGCACAAGAACGUCCGCACAGAGUUUGAGCAGAAGCUAAAGGGGGUGGUCGAGAAGAUGUUCGGUCCUCAGUCCGACGCCCCGGUGCUGAUCCACGGCCCGUCGGUGCAGAAGAACAAGGCACUACUCAGGGAUGCCGUAUCCAAGGGAGCAUCAGUGGUGUACGGCGAUAUCAACGCCGAGGAGGCCAGCCAGACACGGAUGCGGCCGGUCGUCAUCUCGGGCGUGAAGCCCGAGAUGGACAUCUACCAGACGGAGAGCUUCGGGCCCACCGUGUCAUUGUAUGAGAUCGAGACCGAGGAGGAGGCGCUGCGCAUCGCGAACGACACCGAGUACGGCCUGACAUCGGCCGUGUUUACCGAGGAUCUGCGGAGGGGCCUGCGGUUCGCCAAGAAUAUCGACACGGGCGCCGUGCAUAUCAACAACAUGACGGUCCAUGACGAGAGCGCGCUGCCCCACGGAGGUGCCAAGUCGAGUGGGUUCGGUAGGUUCAACUCGGUUGGACUUGACGAAUGGGUGAAGACAAAGACAAUCACAUAUAAGUUCUAGAGGUCCAUGUAACGGCAUAUACGACGGCAGUAAUGGAUUGGAUGCCAUUGGCUGUUGUUAUCUCUCGUCCCAAAUCCCAUGCAAGAGCUCGCCGUGCAUCA